AUGACACAAUGCCCGAUCAAAGUCAGUUACACAUUAACUCCAUAUGACCUAACAAUACUGGUAUUAAUUUACAUGUAUGUAUUCGAGGGAAUACAUGUACCUUUGAAGAUAUUUCUGCGUUUGAUUCCUGAAUAUGAAGAUACUACUGAAGAGCUUUUAUUGCUACAUUUGGAGCCGGUCUCUAGCAAGUCAAUUGAGCCAGUGCUACCAUACCUAAAAGAUAUAAUAAAAUUGCUGGAAACAGAAAAAAGAGUAGACAUUGCGAAAUCUCUACUAGGCCACCUUCAAAAUAUUGAUGGUUUAGAGGUCAUAAACAACUUAGUUUGGGUUUUAGACAAGGAAUGCCUACUGAAGAGUAACAAAAAUAAGGAUCAAAUAAUGAUCGGAUCUGUGAAUAAACUGAUUGCUAAAAAAAGUGUUCUAGGCGUUUACAUUAGAUACUGUUUUAAGAAAUAUAUAUGUGGCGGAUUUGAAGAGCGUGAGGAUUUAUGGAACAGUUUUGUGUUUUUUAGACAUCAAUUCCUAAAUGACGUUGAUUCGUUAAGCUAUAGAUCUUUGGAUUUGGAGGAAUACAAGUUUCAAUAUUUUGAGUUUGGCACAACAUCAAAAGUUGUUCUACCCUCUUAUGAAUCCCAAUCUGAUCUCAAAUCGAUAGAACUGAUGAAAAAGCUCAUUAAAAAAACCAACAACACUGGAUUAAGCAAAGAAAAUACACUUAUUGUCUCACCCGAUCAGCUACACAAUUAUAUCAAUUGGGAAGUUUCUCAAGUUUACUUUCUCAAAACGAAAUCAUCAAAUUACGAUAAUAUCUUUGAUAACCUAACACUUCAUGAUAUUACCAGAUUUCCAGCAAUUUUUUUUAUCAGAUACUUGAAUGCAGUUAAUGAAAAUCGUUACCAAGAUGCUCUAGAUUUUUUGCACAAUUAUUUUGACUACACUUUAACACAGAGCUCUGAAAAUUGCUACCACAUCUCCCUUCUAUAUCUUGCCACUUUUCAUGCGUCAUUUGGGGAUGCCAAUUCUGCUUUAAAAGCAUUUGAAGAAGCAACUAAGAUUGCUCGUGAAAAUAAAGACACUUCAACACUAAACGUGAUAAUGAUAUGGGUAAUUAAUUUUCUAGAAAAAUACCCUAUCUUUGCUGAUAGAUUUUAUGUUACUGUUGAUCAAAUAAUAAAAUAUUUAAAGUCAAGCUCUGAUACAGACAAUGCAGUAAUACUUAAGAAUGCAUAUCGAUUUGACUCAAUAAUGCAGAUGUAUAAAUGCACUAAUGCGAUUGAUAUCUUUGAGUCGACGCUGAAAUACAUGACGAUAGUAUUUCAGAGUAUAAAAAUAUCAGACGUUCCUUACAAGUACCUAAACUAUGCGUCAAUGAUGUGGAAAGUAUUAGGACAACGACUCAUAGCUGACAUUUAUGAAAAGAUUAUUCCAAUAAAUAAUAAUGAUGGCUUCCGAGAGGAUAUCCUACAUUAUGAACACCUUUUAGAGAAAAAGGAUUACACGCCCAUAGGAGAAUUCAUAGAAAGAAAAAAGAAAUGCCGGUUGACAUUUCAACAAACUCUGGAGUUACGAAUAUUAGAGGUACGCUACUUAGUAGUUGUCAGAGAAUACUGGUCUGCAAUAGAGGUCAUUGAAAGUUCACUGGUUGAGUUUUCUAGGUUUAUAUCUGAGUCUAAGUGGCAAUCCUUGCUUGAGUUUGAAAAAGCGAGGAUAUUAAUAGAAUGUAAAGCUUCCAUCAGGGCUAUACCUUUAAUACAAAAUCUAUACGAUAGAGCUAUUACAACUCAUGACCCAUACUUUGCAUCCAAAGCGGUCUUAUUAUUAGUUCAUGCACUAGCUAAAAUUGGAAAGUUAGAUGAAUCCAGAAGGCUAUUCACAGCUAACUUAGGAGUCAUGUAUCAGUUUCAUGAUUUGGAUGAUGAGAUUAAUAGGAUAUCAAAUGUUGUAAAUAAUAUCAAAUACAAAAACAUGACUAUUUAG